AUGGGAUCAAUGGGAUCAAUGGCCCGGCCGUCCGGGCCGACAAGCCAGACAUUGAGGGCUCCUCCAGCAAGACUAUCCCCCCUCGUAGCCCUUGAGAACGGCCGCGAGUAUGCCGUGCAGCUUCGCGCCGAGGAGCUCGACCUCAAUUCUUUCCGUACUGCCCGCAAGGCUCCAGGAGAAGUCGUACCCAAGGCCGGGGUGCUGGAGGAUGACGAGUUGAGGGAGCAUGGCAUCUACGCCCACUGGAGACACGCAUCCCGGGCCGCAUCUGGCUGCGCGGUGUCGCCGGCAAGGGCGACGCUGGUCGGGUCUCCAUUUCCUUCCCUCUGGAUUGCCCACUUCGAUAUCAACGAGGUGAACAUCCUGGUGGACAGCAACCGUCAAGUCACAAGUAUCAUUGACUGGGAGCUCUCACGCCCGCUUCCAUUCGGUGUGGGCUUUGGCCGCAUCCACAUCAUCGCAGGCGAGUUCAACGAGGGCAAGUUCUACAUGCCUGAGUGCUUUGUUGAGGCAGAAAAGGCCUUUUGGCAUGCCGUGCGGGGCGGAAUGAGCGCGGAGCGCCGGGAGCUGUUGGAGUGUACGGCCGAUGUUGUGCAGCUGGCGGUUCUCGUCGGAACGCUAACCGGGCGAGUCGAGGGCACCCAGUUUUAUAGCAUCGGCGGUGGCAGCUUAGUGCUCCCCCAUGCCCGCAUUCUGCUCCGCGAUCCUUUGCCAAGACCGUCGCAACUCAUCCACCUCAUAGGCGACCAGCGAAUCAACAUGUUGCAGACGGAUGAGCAUCCUCUCCUCUCCGGUUGGGGUGUAGUACUCGUCUUCUCCGAGAUUCAUGGCACGGACGGUUAA